UAGAGCACAGCUGUGCCUGCAUUGGCACCAUUGGCAGAACUCAUCUCCUCGUUUGUGUGCUUCCGAGAACUUCAACUUCAAGUUGUCGGUGCUGUUCUGAAAGUUGAGAAAAGCGGCAGGCUACAGGCCAGAAACGUCCAAUUAUUCUCUACAACAGGCUGCGGCGUGGUGCAUUUGUCCUUUGACGCGGCGUUUACUUGCCUACUACCUUUGCUGAAGGUCAGAAGCGGCUUCCAUCUUUUCAGAAUUAGCUCUAGCUAGAGAGCAGGGUCGAGGGAGGCAUUCUUAAAGAUGAUGGCAGCGACCUCCUUACAGAGAUGCAGCCUUUACGGCAGCUUUGGCGCGCAUCAGCCAAGGGCGUUCGACGAGCGGCACGAAUGCACCAGUCAUCCGCAUCGAGAUCUUCAGGCAAACACUGCAUUUCAGAUGAGCCGCCCUGAUAGUCGACACUCUUGCUCUCCUUCCCAAGCCCCCGCCGUAGCACCAUCUUCCGCUGGCUCCUUUCUCAAGGGUCAGGCCCUCUUUGAGACAGCUGGUGACAGGCCAAAGCCAAGACACUCCAGAUGCAGGGCGGUGGUUAGAGCCAGGGGCCGCCCUGAUCAGGCAAACAUCAAAGUCAUUGGUGUUGGAGGGGGGGGUGGCAAUGCUGUGAACAGGAUGGUGGGGAGCGGAUUACAGGGCGUCGAAUUCCUGGCGGUCAACACUGACUCGCAGGCGUUGGUGACGUCAGCGGCACACGACAAGCUGCAGAUUGGGCAGGAGUUGACACGGGGUCUGGGCACAGGCGGGAAACCGGAAUUGGGGGAGCAGGCGGCUGAGGAGUCGCAGGAAGCGCUGGCGUUCGCGGUUCAGGACGCAGACAUGAUCUUUAUCACAGCGGGGAUGGGCGGCGGGACUGGCAGUGGGGCGGCACCGGUUGUAGCACGCCUUUCAAAGGAGGCGGGGGUUUUGACGGUGGGCGUUGUGACAUACCCGUUCACGUUUGAGGGCCGCCGGCGAGCGAACCAGGCGUUGGACGCGAUCGAGAACUUGCGGAAGCACGUGGACACGCUGAUCGUGAUCCCGAACGACCGGCUGCUGGACGUGGUGCAAGAGGCGACGCCCCUGCAGGACGCGUUCCUGCUCGCGGACGACGUGCUGCGCCAGGGCGUGCAGGGCAUCUCGGAUAUCAUCACGAUCCCGGGCCUGGUGAACGUGGACUUUGCUGACGUGAAGGCGAUUAUGAGCAACAGCGGGAGCGCCAUGCUGGGCGUCGGCUUCUCCACGGGCAAGAACCGCGCCGAGGAGGCCGCGCUGGCCGCCACGUCAGCGCCGCUGAUCGAGCGGUCCAUCGAGCGCGCGACGGGCAUCGUGUACAACAUCACGGGGGGGACGGACCUCACGCUGCAGGAGGUCAACGAGGUGUCCAAAGUGGUCACAAGUCUAGCGGACCCUGAAGCAAACGUCAUCUUCGGCGCGGUGAUCGACCCUAAGUACGAGGGCGAGCUGCACGUGACCAUCAUCGCGACCGGCUUCACACAAGGCUUCGAGAAGAGCCUAUUCUCACCGAAGACGGCCGCGGCCGCGCCGCCGCCGGCCCCGACCAAGAAGGAGCUUCAGAUGCCGAGCUGGAAGAAUUUGGUGCCCUCCUCGACGCGAUCGAAGGGAAACCUGUGGUAGAGACGGGGGCGCGGAAGAGGUUCGGGGAAACGUUUAGUUGCUGUAUCUGCUUGCGGAGAGCGCGACGUUUGGGUAGUUUAUUGAUCGGGCUUUGCUUCAGGCCAAGGUGUUGAGUGUGCGACUGCGGGGAUCUGGGUGCCGGUUAAUGACUCGACCCGUUGACAGUGAUAAGAUGAAGGAUUGCCAGCGUUGCCAAACGUAACAGCGUGCUCCUUGUUGGACUGGAAGCUGUGCUGACAAUAUAGUAGGACUGACAGACUAUCCAUCACCGCGGCCCAUGGCUGGGCACCCAGGCUCCGAAUCGGGGCGACAGCAAAAUGAGCUAGGCUAGUGAUGCAAUCCAAUUCCAGACGAGCAGCUGACCGUUACUGCAUGUACUUGCAUAAGUCUGGUUAGUGACGGUGUGUCUGGCCUGCAAGAAGAUACGUGUUGGAACUCAGGGUUCAGUUCAGUACACCACCUUUCGCACGCCAGUAAAUACAGCAUGCAUUCGACCAGACAGUCGGGGUUGCUUAUACCAAGGCUCUGUCGCAAAAUGUAUACACGCAUAUUCGCA